UCGAGACAUGUGAAAAACAGUUAGGUCUGUUGUAUCUGAAAACUAAAUGGACCUAGCUACUCAAGAAACAUGGAAGGACCUAAACGACUUACUUUUACAACGGUGGGGCCCCCGGUACCCGAACCCAAAAAGGUCACGGUCCCGAAGACAUUUCGGUUUGACUUGGACUUAAGUGAAACCACGGACACGACCUGUCCGGAGUAUUUCUACACGGAAUUAGUGAAAACGAUCUUGGUUGGCAACAGUGAAAACAAUAAUACAUCAGUAAAUCCAGAAGAUCCAUUUGGAGAUGGCAAUGACCUCGACAAUCUGGCUGCUAUUGCAAAACGUUUUGAAGAUAAAUAUAAUAAACCAGAUGGAAAGAAGAAGAAAAAGAAGAAAUGGCAGGAUAACUAUUACCUGACCAGCCUUGGGGAGGGCUAUGAUGAGUCGGACACAUUCAUUGACAACUCUGAGGCGUAUGAUGAGGUUUUACCAGAAACCAUGACAACUAAGCUCGGUGGCUUUUAUAUCAACUCAGGUCGUCUUGACCUCAAGGAAUUCUCAGAUGACUCAGCUGACGACUUUGUUACACCAAAAUCUGUAAAGAAAAACAAAAAGAGGAGAAUCUCUUCCGACGAAGGCUCGGGUGAUGACCAACAAACAGCAAAGAAGAAGAAGAUAAAGGACACAUUGACAGUGGACGGGGAGGUGAAAAAGAAAAAGAAGAAGUUGAUAGUGCCUCCGGGGGAGAAGGGCUUCAAGAAACCCAAGAUCAUCAAGGACAAAACUAAGAAUGGUAAACAAACCGUUAUAAGUUCUCUAAUAAAAUCGACCUCUCCAACAACAAAUGGCGAAAGACUUGUCGAAAAUGGGGUUCACAAUGAGGAGGGCGAAAUGACGGAAGAGAUGAAAUCCAACGUUUCCAUGGCAAUUGAGUCGGUCAUUGCAAUGGCGGGCAGAGACGACUCCAACAGUCGAGACGCUGAGGAGCCUAAGAAGGAAAUAGACCCUGAAAGUGUGCCCAAAUUGCCACCUAACUUGCCAGAAGGAAUGGAUACUAAGAUAGAGGAGCUAAAGGAGCUGGCAACAAAGUCAAGAGAUGGGAAGUGCAAGUUCUUCACAGGAGAUGUGAACAAACUGUUAUUAGAAGUGGAGUUACUCUCGAAGCAGAUAUCAGUUGGAAGUCGUUCCACUAUAUUUGCUCAUCUGGCUGCACAUCUGCCCUGUAGCAAGGAUACUCUUCUGAAGAGGGCCAAAAUGUUGCGUGCUAAGGAGCUAGAAGAUAAAAUAAAAGAACCACUUGAAAAAUUGAAGCAAGCUGUAACCAGAGUUAUGCCAGCCAUCAAAGAUAAAUAUGAAGAGGAGUGCAAAAGGGCUGCUCUUGAAAAGCAAGAGGAAGGGCCCAAGGAGGGGGAGUCUAAAAAGGAUGAGGUAGGGGAGGAGGAGGGGUCAGAGGAGGAUGAUGAGAAGACCGGCCAAUCAGACGUGGCCAAGAAGAGGCAGACGGGACCACGCAAGAAAUUCCCAUGGGACAAUGAUACAAGGAACGCGCUGUGUGAUGUUGUUCGCGUGAAAAUGCACACAUAUCUGAUGGCGCGUACAAAGGCCCAGUCGGCUGAGGAGUUUUGUAAGGGGUUCCUCGAGCAGGAAGUGCGGCCCUUAUGGCCAAAGGGCUGGAUGCAGACUCGUGUCUUGUACCGUGAGAGCAAGACUGCACACCAUACAUACACAAAUCCUCAAAAGCCAAAGAAGACACUUGUGCUGAACAAGGUUGGAACAAGUUCGCCACUGAACACAUCUGGUGCAAGUACUCCGGGUGCAAAUACUUCCAUGACUGAAAAGAGCGGGUCAGCAAAAACUGGUGGUGUUGUCAUGUCAAAGGUCAACCCCUCUCCCGGGAACGUGAUUAAGGUUUCAAACAUACCGACUAAUGGCAAACCUGUAAUGACCAGUGCUAAGUCUGCUGGGAUAGCGACCGUCAGUCGGCCUACCAUGCCAUCGCCAAACACCCCUGCUCUUCCUGCUAAGAAAGCAGUACCAACACUGUUGGACUAUGUGCAGAGCAAUCCUUCCCCUAAUUUGUCAUUUAUGUCGUCUGCUUUAAGCAAUAAUAAGGGAAAUCUACUAGCCAGUUCUAUGGAUAUUUUAAGUUACGCGACCUCGAAACCCUCAACAGUGAGUGCUGACCUGCAAUCAGGUUCGCAUAAAACGUGGGACCACAAGGCCUCGGAUAUUCUUAGGUCUUCCAUGGUGAGUGAACAGGCUAGCAAGAUCUCCCCUCCUUCUGUUAAAAGGCAGAACUCAACCCCGAUCUCAUCCGCUCAAAGUAUGAACACUUUUCUUGCUCAGUAUGCAAACUUUGCUACUUCGCCUAUAGCAUUAAUGCAGUCAGGGAAUUACAGUGCUGAAAGUGCUAUGAACUUGUCCACAAAGGCUGAUCAGCAGUUGAUGCAGAAACAUUUGGAAAGUGAGCGACAAAAACAGAAACUUGUUGAACAACAGAAAAUAGCCGAGAAACAAAGGCAGUUAGAGCAGCAAAAGAUACAACAACAAAAUCAGCAUCUGCAGCAGCAGCAGCAACAACAGGCAGCAAAACAUAUCAUAACCAUUUCAAGGGCAUCAUUAGAUCAGACGUCACAACCGAAACCUCCGAGUCAGAGUCCAAUGAGUCUGGCAAUGUCCAAGUCCAUAUCGUCCAAUCAGAAUCAGGUGACGGGUAAAAUGACACCGAAACAGCUCGCCAGUCAGUUUGCCGGUCAGUCGUUAUCAAAGUACUCGGAAGCAUUCAUUCGGCAAGAGUUAAGUGAUGGGAGUUAUGUAAGAGCCAUACCCAAGAAAGCUGGCACCUCGCCAGGUAAUGGCCAGGGGAAUAUUCAGUCGACCAGCGACAGUCUCAGGAAAAUAUCGCCCCAGGCGGUGGCUUCUCAGGAAGUGCAUGCAGGGAAUAUUAAAAGUCAGGGUUUACAUUUACAAAAUCAGGAUCACAGUUUGCCUGCCUCAAAAGCAACCAAUGGGGCAACAGCCACCAGUCUGUUGCAAAGUUUGUUUGGGCACAGUCAAGGACAGGCAUUUCCGACCACGCAGUCACAACGGUCCCCCUCUCGGCCAAGUUUGAGCCCCCAGGGUCCAACUGUG